ACACACCGCUGCACAUAUCACAUACACUGUGUUACAUACACACAGUUUCACUUCAUCUUCUGAGAACCAGUCACCAAAAGCUGAAAAUGGGGAAAAUUAACGGAUGCCUCAAAUGCCUUUUUAUCUUCUUCAACGUGUUGUUUGUCAUCCUCGGAUGUCUGCUGAUCUUCGGGGCGGUGAGGGCCUCCACCUACAGCGCUCAGAUGUCGGCGGUUGGGGGCCCCGGAGUCGGUUGGGUUUGGGUGUUUGCCAUCGGUAUCCUUGGCAUCUCCAUCCUGGGAAUCUACGCUGGCUGCUCUGAGAAAGACCUCAUCCUCAAAAUAUUUGCAGGCUUCAUGGCGGUUGGAAUGAUCAUCAUGCUGAUCUUUGGCAUCAUUAUCGCUGUCAUGAGAAACAAGACCAGAGACAACUUUCAGUCAGCCUCCGCUGAAUAUGCCAAGCCUUUAAUGGAGGACGAAGGAUUCAGAGCAACGCUUGACGGGCUCCAGCAAUCUGUCCAGUGCUGUGGAGUGGCGAGUGCCGAGGACUGGGGUAACGAAAUCCCUCAAUCCUGUGAGUGCACAGGAUAUGGAUGUAUAGCCAAACCUCAGGGAGUGAGAGGCCCAGAUAGAGUCUAUGGUCAGACCUGCAGUACCUUCAUCUUCAUGUUUUUAGACAUCUUCUUCAAGAUCUCCAUGGGCUUCUUCUUUGGUUUUGCUGUCACCGCACUGUUGGGACUUCUGGUCUCCUUCCUGAUGAUCCAUCAAGUCAAACGUCAUGACAGCUCCGGAGGGGCGUCCAUUGCCAUGAAGGGCUACUGAAGAAAACCCUCAACCCCCGACCUUAACCUCUGCACUGUAACAGGAGGACUCAGUGGUCAAAAUAUGACCUCUUCUCUUUACUUUUGUAUGACAUUUCUGCCUUUUAAGAGUGUGAUAGAGAAAGCAGGAGACAGAGGGACGAAGUGGCAUGGAAGAUUUCGUUUGGGAGAAAAACUGCUGCCUUGCAGCAAUUUAUUCUUUCAGCUUUCUAUUGUAGAAUAUAUUGCUUGAUUAGAAACAUUUAUUUUUUUGUGAAUCAUUAUAUCGCUUGUAUUAUUUGAUGGUAUGCAAUAUUAUAACAGUCUUCUAUAAAAGAAGCAGUUUCAAAGCUCAACCUUCUCCACAUCCGACUGGAGCUCUAUUAACCCAAGAAGAUCAUAAAAUCAGAGCUAUAGCCUAAAACUCGAGUGAUUUUAAAGCUACAGUAUAACAAUUUGGAAAAUCCUCUUUUCCAUCUCAUUCCUCGGUCACCAUAAAAUCGCAGUGAAGUGCCUGUGCAUCUUUGCAAAGUUGGUGGUGUGAAGCUUGGUGAUGUAAUGUCUACUCGUAAGGCUACUUUAUGAACUUGUGUAGCUUGUGAGCUGACCACUAACAUGCUAGGCAGCCAGGAACAUGCUAGCGCUACGCUGUCACAUUAGCUCUUCCAGCUAGCUGGAUUGCUAACUGUAGGCGAACAGAUCAAACCAUGUUUGCACACCAUGUCUCUUUUGUCGAGCAGUUUAUACUCCGGCAGAGGGUCUAAAUGAUGUGGAUGGUACAACACCGCUACAGUGCUAUUUCCCAGCUUCUCUGACUUUCUGUGCCCUCAAAAGUUCAGCACUGUCAAGAUUUGCUGUUGGUCAACAAGCAAAUUUGUGUGUGAAAGUGAAAUUCUUUGGAAUGUAGUUUUGCCCCUUAUUGUGCUGAUUUUUUUUAAGCUUAGCUUAGCACUGGGAGCAGAGGGAAACUGCUAGCCUAGCUCUAAUGCUGUCUUACAACACCAUGUGUUAAUAUUACUAUUCUGUUAAUUCAAUCAGAAUCUGCACUGAAAAUAACUUCUCACACAGAUCGGGAAACAAAACUUCUAGAUGUGAUUGGUCUUAGUAUUUCUGGAAACAUCCGCUAAAAGAUCAGAGAUGAAAACUCUUCUCAUUCCAGGCAUAUUUUUUAUUGCUCUUCAGUACUGUUAACAUUAAAAAUAAAAGAAAGAAAAAAAGUUCUUUUUAGCUCUGGGAUGUGGUCAGUAAUCUGGACGUGAGUUUUAGAAACAUGAAAUUAAGAAAUAAAAUUUAUGACCUUCUCUGAUCAAAUUCAUCCAGUCUGAGGAGCAGUUAAGUUUCACCUGUAUGUGGGUUUAAACAAAAUGUAAGACAGUUAAUUUGCUUUUUCUUAAAAGACUAUGGGUAUUUCUAUAGUCACCCAGAUAGUAUGAAGAUAAAAAUAGAGCAGUCCAUCCACUGGACUUCAAAAAGUUGUUUUUUUUUUCAAAAAUUUAUCUAAUAAAAUGCAUCCUGAGGGAGGCAGAUAAUGUUGGUAAAUCCCAGCAACAUUUGCAGCACUGAGACCAAAAAUCAGAACAUGUCUCAUUAGUGUUUUUACAAAUGUAAAAGCCGUAAGAUUACAUGCAGACUUUCACUGAGGACAAAGUCGUGUGACAAACCAAAAACUAACAGCUCAGGGUUGAAUACCCCUCUACCGGUAAAAAAGGGACCAGGAUUAAAAAAGGAAGACAAAUACUGUAGCAAGAAGUGUUUUAUUGUGAAAUCUGCAAUCAUAUCAUGUCAGAAUAAAGUGUAGAGGCCGAAAAUCCA